AUGUACUUCACUGAAGCUAAGCUUCUGAGAUCAGACAUUUCGGACAUGACAGUAAGACCGAUGACCAGCUUUGAUGCUACGAAUCUAAACAUGAAAAUCCCACAAACUAUACAAGCCAACUGUUGUGUGCUAAAGUGUCGUAGCUCGUCCGGAAAGACACUUACGAGUCGGACUUGCAACGCCUUAGCCACGGACGCCACAGUGUACAAAAUAACUAGAACUAAUCCCACCCCAAGGCAUCUCCGCCAUUUCUCCACGACUUGGCUGCUCGCUUCUUUGUCCCA